AAUGUCUUUGUAAAAUGUGAAAUUGCGAUUCUUGAAUUGUGUUUAUCUUUCUUGUUUGUUGCUAAUUUGAAAAGGCUUUAUAAGAUAACAUAGCAUAAUAGGCGACGUCACUAUUUACAUAAGCCGACAAUCGGUAUUUUCCUCUACUAAUCGUAUAAUGUGAUCAAUAUAGUCCAGUUUUAUUUUAUGUGCAUUCACUAAAUGGGAGAUCGGCAGCGGUUACGAACUGAAGAGAUGGCUACGACAAGCACCGCGGUGACUGUCUCACCGCAAAUACAAGAGUUUGUGACGAUAAGUAAAUAGUAAUUUCUUUCGUUUAUCGUCAUAUUUCGUUUGGAAUUCGUCAUGGGGGUCGUACAUCGAGUAACAUUUCAAGUUUUAAAAGGUUCUAAAAAUGUAUUUGUAACAACAAAAUCGUUUUUCCGUGCUCAUAGUUAUUCCACUAAAGCUGAUGGUCUGCUUAGCGACAUAAAUGUGUUAGAUCUAACGCGGGUAGUGGCUGGCCCUGUAUGCACUAUGACCCUAGGAGAUUUGGGCGCGAAUGUGAUAAAAGUUGAGAGCCUAGAUGGUGAUGAAGCAAGAAAAUGGGGGCCACCUUUUAUUAAGGACUCCACUGAUUCUUACUACUUCCUAUGUGUGAACAGAAACAAGAAGAGCAUUUGUAUUGAUUUCAAAAGUCAAGAAGGUAAAAAAAUUGUGUAUGACUUGGCAAGAAAAUGCGAUGUGGUUGUGGAGAACUUCCUACCAGGUAAACUGGACACACUUGAUAUUGGCUAUGAUAAGUUGAAACAGUUCAAUAAAGGCAUCAUAUACUGUGCUAUCACAGGGUUUGGGCCAACUGGGCCCUACAGGAAUAAACCUGGAUAUGAUGUCAUUGCAUCCGCAAUGGGAGGUUUGCUGAAUACAACAGGUGAGAGAAAUGGUAACCCGGUUAAACCUGGAGUAGCCAUCACAGAUGUCACCACAGGUCUACAUGCUUUUGGUGCAAUCAUGACCGCACUGUACUAUAGAAAUAAAACAGGAAAAGGGCAGAAAAUAGACUGUAACCUCCUUUCUACACAGAUAUCAAGUAUGAUUAAUAUUGCUAACAUUUAUUUAAACUGUGGCAUAGAAGGCCAGAGAUGGGGUACAGCGCACGCUAACCUAGUACCUUAUCAAGCAUUCAAAACUAAAGAUGGAGACAUGGUAAUAGGUACAGGAUCUAACGCCCAAUUUGCAGAUUUCUGCAAACUAAUAAAUAAAGAAGAACUAAUCGCUGAUGAGCGUUUUAAAGAUAAUGCAGCCAGAGUUAAGAACCGCGAUGAAAUAAUCAGAACAAUAAGUGAUGUUAUAAUAACUAAGACUAAAAAAGAAUGGGCGGAGAUUUUCAAAGGCGCAUCAUUUCCAAAUGGACCAGUUAAUACUAUGAAAGAUGUGUUUGACGAUGAACAUGUUAAAGAAAUAGGUUUGGUAAAAGAGUUGCCACAUUCGGUUGCGGGUAAAGUAAAGAUGGUUGGCCCGCCCACUGUGUACUCGGAAGGGGGGAAUUUAGCUAGGACUUCACCACCUUUGUUAGGGCAGCAUACAAUCGAUAUUCUGUCCAACUUCUUAGGUUAUCAUGAUGCUAAAAUUGAGGGACUUUUUAAGGACAGGGAAUCCGUGGAGCGAGUGGCCGUGAUCACGCUGCGGCCGACGCGCGCACAGUCUCGCAAGAAGGUGGUCUGGACCGAGGAUACCGUCGACAACGAGAACAUGAACAAGAAGAAAUCCAAAUGCUGCUGUAUAUACGAGAAGCCGCGACGCUUCGACGAGUCCGACACGGAAGAGAGCGACGAUGAGUGCGAACACUGCUUCGGACACGUCGAGCACCGGCGGAAGAAGCCGCAGAGCCACACCGCCACUGAACUUCAGGAAGCAGUGGAGCAAACCGCAUCGAUAACGUUGCAGCCAACCGAGCCGACGUCCGCUCCGAGUCCACCCGACAUAUCGACCGAUAGCUAAACUAUACUAAAAUAUACGAUUACUAAUGUA